CUCUGGAGGACGCCGCUGGCGAGAGCCGGGCGGAGGCGUUUGCCCCGAGGCCUGGGCUGAGCCUCGGGCGCUACGAGCUGGUUGGGCACCUGAGGGGGGCCAGGGCCUGGGGCAGCGCCGCCGUGGCCCCGAACGCGUCGGCGCUGCUGGAGGGCUGGCCCGACGACGUGCGCAGCAUGAGCAUCAGGUACGGCACCGACGUCACCAAGCUGGGGCAGGGUGGCUUCGGAGAGGUGUGGAAGGCGAAGGACAAGCUCUCUGGGCGACCCGUGGCCAUCAAGUUUUUCUUAGCACCGUAUCAUGAUCCCUAUCCCUAUCUGUAUUGGUCGAGAUGCAGCGAGUACGAGCAGAAGAAAUUGGCAGAGGCCUCCACUGAGUGCAGGCUGACCCAGUCCAUCUUGGCGCAUGCUGCCGACGACCCUGCGGGCGCGUCGCACAUUGCGGCUUGCCUGGAGGAUCAUAUCCAGCCCACGGAUAACGAAGGCGGGAGUCAGGUCGCCUACUUGGUCUUGCAGGUCGGCGGCCAGGAGUUGGUCGACUGGUACUCCGAGAGGGUGGCCAAGCCGCCCGAAGACCCUGCCACGGCCCGGAAAGUGAUAGCGCAGCUCCUUCAGGGGCUGCGCUUCUUGCAAAAGCAAGACCCGCCAAUCGUUCACCACGACCUGAAGCUCGAGAACAUCGUCUACCAGCAGCGGGGCGAUGACUUGUUCAUCAAGAUUAUUGAUUGGGGAGGUGCGCUCACUGGGACCGUUGAGGAUCAGCAAGGUGGCUACGCUUACACGGCUUCAUACAAGCCACCCGAAGUCCAGUAUGGACUUGCGAUCGCCGAGCCAUGGUGGUCUUACGACAUCUACUCUUCUGGCAUAGUGUAUUUGUUGAUGCUUUGCCCUGGCAUUACGCCGACGCAGAUACAUCGAUUCCUUCGGUACGACUCCAACCCUGAUAGCCCUCAGCGGCUGAUCCCUCUCGUGACCGGGAGGUGUCCAGCGGGAACCAUGGACGACUUCAUCCUCAUCCAGCAGAUGGUCCAGGCAGCCCCAAGGCUCCGCCCGUCCCCGCGCGAGCUGCUGGAGAGCGCCCCGCUGCGCGGUGCGGUGCGGGAGGAGGUCCGCGACGAGGACAGGCCCCCGCAGCUGGAAGUCGGCGUGAACUCCACGAAGUUCCUGGUGCACGAGCUCAAGGACAUGACCGGGGACGGGAGGAUCCGGGACGCGGAGAGCACCAAGAAGUGCUGCUGCAACACCAGGGAGGGCGAGUGCAGGCUGGUCGACGUGACGGUGCCGCACCCGACGUGCUCCCGCAGUUGGUUCCAGUGGAAGCGAGAGUCGUGCAGCUGCCUCAUCGGCCCGGGCUGGAAGUCCUUCAGGAGGGUCGGCGCAGGCAUAUGCAUCGCAACCCACGAGGAGGCGCUCCCAGACGACGACGACUCUUCUGACAAGUCUUCUGACUAGCACGGCAGUUCUCUGUGACGGCCAGAAUGCAACGGUCCGCCUUUUUAGACUCGCAUCUGGCUUAUCUGAUUUUAAUACUGCUCGCAUUAGUAGAGCUGCGAGCAGAGCGCACGCGGGCAAGUUUUUCAUCCGUAUCCAUUUCGUCUUGGAGUUUCGGGCUCCCUUCCUCCGAUACCGGAGCCGCCGUGGACAUUGAUAAAUCAAUUUCCCCCCUAGAGGUCAGAUUUGUAUCCAUAUCCACUGCGCUGCGGCCUGUUGGCGCCCCUUCCCAGAAAGUCCAAGACGCAGUGGAUAUGGAUAUCAAUCGUGCUCGCAACGCACGUAUGCGUGCCCCACAGCAGCAGACCAUCUGCUCCUGAGCUUCCUUGCGUUCGAGUGUAGGUCUUAGCUCGCUCCCGGCGACCAACCUUCGAGUCCAGGAGGAAAAGUUGCUUGCUCUCGGUUUAUUAGCUUCGUGCGCCAGAUUUGCAGUCCUGUUCUUGACCUCAGGUCCUGCGCCCGAGCACCC